AUGAAUUUAAGUGAAAACGAAACCAGCCUUGGAGGUUCGUCCACGUUAUGUGACAACUUUACAAGUCUCAUAUCCAUGGCUUCUAUACAGUUCUUGUCAUUUUUGUCUAAUCUCGUGGCGGCCAUAGCAAUUUGGAAGCUCCCAGGUCUGGAAGAAAACAAAUAUCACCUCGUCGUUCGGACUCUGGUCAUCAGUGAUCUUUUGAUUCCUCUUUCAACCUUACCUCUCUCCAUUGUCUCCUAUGCAAAUUGCGCUUGGAUUGGUGGUACAAUUCUAUGUUCUGUUACUGCGUUCAUCUCAACCACAUUCUUAAGCUGGUCAUUUUUCAUCGUCUUUAUAAUGUGCUUUCUGCGUUUUCUCGCCGUCACAAGACCGCUAUUCUAUAGAAACCAAAUCACAUUUGCAAGAGUGCAGAAAGCCCUGGUUUUAGCCCUCUUUUGGCCCUGCAUUCAUUUGGUCCUGCCUGUUUCGGGUUUUGGUCAGUUUAAGUUAUACAAGACGGGAUUCCAAUGCGCGCUCGAUCUUACGCCCAAAGAAUCCAGAGGUAAGAUUCUGUUAUAUGCUACUGUGGUCGAAGGAGGCUUGGUCAUUGUUGCUUUGCUGUACUUUUGUGGAACAAUUCUCUGCUUUCUGAACCGGAAGCGCAGAAUCAGCAGUUUGCUAUCCGAACAGCAACAACGCGGCGCGGGCGUUAACAGGGUAAACAAACAACAUGGUGGUUUUGCUCGCAUUACGUUCUUUAUUGUUGGGCUGUUUUGUGCCUGCUACGUUCCCUUUCUGGUAAGUGUUAUAUAUUAUGUAUCGUAAUUUCUGUAAGGCACCCUUUUACUGAAGGCCUCCCUUUGAAUAUGCUUCUCCUUUGAAGAGAAAUAAAGUUAUCAAGCACGCCCCUUCCGUCGUUGCCACCUAUACUUUCACUGACAAUCAACCUAAUCAGUAAACAAGACCGUAUUAAGCAAUACAGAGUGGAUUAGGAACAAUGCUAGUCAAAUUUUUGUGAGGAAGUUCAAGUGACAAUUUUGUACUGAUAAUAGCUAUAAUUAAGUCCAACUCGUUCCAUUUGCUUGAUCUCUCUGUUUUUCAGUCUUACCGAGUGUUCAUUCUGAUCUGUGGCCCUUCUUCAUACAACGAAAUUUCUUAUUUUUACACGGAGCUCUUGGCCCAUAUUAACCCACUUCUAAAUCCGCUGGUCUAUGUACUGUGUAGCAAGCAAUAUCGGGUUUCCGUGAAGGAACUCUUUACAAAAUGUUCCUGUACAGGUCGAUGCGGCUUUUGCGGUCACACAUUUUACUUAAAAGGU